AUGCGAGGUUUUGUGUCGGUGGUGAUUACGAUUAUCGGUUUGGUGUCGGCCGCUUUGGCUUUUCCGAGCACGGAAAAAAUUUCUUAUACAUCUCAACCGGAAGAUAAAUCAUUUUUCGAAGAAGGUAUCGAUGUCGCAUACAGGUUUAUUAAAGAUUGCGGUGACAAAGAUAUGUCUUUGUGUUUGAAAAUGAGAGCUUUGACAUUCGUCGACAGAGCUCUAAGAAAAAAUGAAAUAUCUAUUACCGAUGGUGUCAGCCUCGUGAAAACUGAUAACGCACAAGAAUCAUUAAGAGCAUUAUCGGAAAACGAGCUCGAUAGUACUUUAUCAAAAGAUGACGAAGAAAAAGAUUCACAAGUCGAAUCACUUUUAGUAGAUAGAAUCGCAAGGUUUUUUCAAAGUCACAUACUACAAUUUAAAGUUCCUGAUUCGUCCAUAAACGAAGUUAAAAAAUCAUUGGAUGAAGCUCGAGGAAAAAAGAAAAAAUUGAAAAUGCUCCUUCCUUUGCUUUUACUACUUAAACUCAAAGCAGCCGCCAUUAUACCGAUAGCACUUGGAGGUCUUGCAUUACUCGCAUUAAAAGCAUUACUCGUGAGCAAAUUGGCAUUGGUAUUAGCAGCCGUACUCGCAUUGCAAAAAUUAUUUAAUAAAAAUAAUCAUUCGAGUUACGAAGUGGUAGCACAUCCUGUACAUCACGAAGAACACGAUCACGGUCAUUAUGGUAGAUCCAUUCAAGAUGCUCAGGAUUUGGCAUACGCCAAACAAAAACCUGAAUAA